AUGCAUAGGUUACUCCUGCGGAGCUAUUCGAACGCCUCAUCCAAGACUUCGAAGACUCUUUUCCAAUGGUUCCCCAAGACUUUUACUUCGGGGAAACCACAAUGGGAAGUUGAUUUGAAAAAGCUUAGGAAAGAAUAUCGUCAGUUGCAAUCUGAGCACCACCCCGAUGUAAUUACUUCUACUGUGGAUAAUGUAUCCUCGGAGUUGAAUAGGGCUUAUAAGACUCUCAGUAAACCAUUGCCACGUUCUCAGUACAUUUUAAGUUUGCACGGAAUAGAUUUGACUCAAGAUGGCGAAGCCCAAAAAGUGAUGUCGAAGGAUCCACAACUGUUGAUGUUAGUUUUGGAUGUUCAUGAGCAGCUUGAAGACAUUAAUAGCGAGGAAGAUUUGAAACAAAUUGAGCAAGAGAACAAGCAACGGUUGAAUGAAUGUGAACAGAAGUUGAAAAAAGCGCACGAAUCUCAAGAUUGGGAGACGGCUGCCAUGCUGACUGUUGAGUUGAGGUACUGGAGCAACCUCGAUAAUGCAAUUAAGGAAUGGGAGCCUGGUAAGCCAAUUCUUUUGACACAUUGA